CGCGAAGCUUCUAUAAUGAAAACGGUGUAGAACUCUGAUUCAUUUCAUACUGUUGUUGUGGAUUUCCCCUAGUGAAAUUAGUGCCUAUUCCGUAUUUUGUGAAGGCGCCUUAAUCAAUUUCGAGCUUAUCAAUACAUUGGCGAUGGAACUGGUAGGUGAAAACCUAUGGUUGAUUAAGGAUGACUCCCUCUUUUUGGCAUGGGGACUCAUUGUGUCUGCAGCGCAUGCCGGCAAGUCUGUGUUUAUCACAUGGAACAAGUACUUUUUGCUAAACUUGCACUUCAAGAAGUCUAAAGGUAACUCCAGGACCAAAAUGGCUGCGGUGCAAGUUCCACUGCCCAUGUUGGGAGAACACUAUAUCAGGAGCGUGCACACUUUAAAGUACAACACGAUCCUGCUUAUGUCGGAUGGAGAUGUCUACUGCUUCGGCUCAAUCAAGGGCUUAAAUUUAAUAAAAUGUCUCAGUGGAGUCCGCUGUUUAGCUGUUCUAAAUGAUGGAUUUAGCGUGAUAAAAGUGGAGGAUCAACGCUUGCUGUUACAGAUGUAUCUUGAUCUUCCUAGCUUCGAAAACGUCAAGUCCACACUUCAAUAUACAUUCGAUAUUACUUUUGAAGAUAAAAACAUAUUUCAGUGCGAGUGGCAGCAUGACGAGUACACUCUUACCGCUUUAAAGGUCACUGAAGAGGAAAAACAGUUUGUGCAGAACCUGUUUGGGUUAAAAGAGGAACAACCGCUUUACGUUCACAUCUUCAGCAUAGCUGGACAUGUUUUUGUUUUGACUUUUAAUAUUACUGGUUUAUCAGAGAGUUCAUAUCCAGGCUACCACAUUGAGCUACUCUGCGUGUACGCGUCUCAUGUAAGAUAUAUUCGCCUCUUGCCAAUUGAGAACCUUUGUUUGGUUGUCCUCAGCAGUGGUAGUGUUGACGUGUGGUACGUAUCUAGUCUUCUUGCAAUAAAACAAAGUCAGACUUAUCACACUGGUUCUGAAUGGAUGGAUUACGAUGCGACAAGUGACAAUGGUGACAUAUACUACACGGACGGAGACCAGCUGGUGCGACUGAGAUUUAUGUACAACAUCCAGCUUGACGAGUGCUUUGUCCACACCUUGAUUAAGCCAGUGGUCGGCAUUCAGGCCUGCACUUGGGUAGACCAUAGAAAAGAAUUGGCCUGCCUGAGCGACAAUAACAUAUUUUACUGCAUUGGCUUUAACUUACCUAUACAGAAAUCAUCUGGUCGGACUCUAAACAUGUUGGCAUCAGACCUAAAUCGCCCAAUGGGAUUGAGACAAAAUGCCAUAGUCUCGCGGUUUGAAAAAAGGCACCAAAAUUUGUUUCAGCGAGAGCUACAGAGGGAGUAUGAAAUGCAAAAACUAAUUUCUGUAAGUAAAGACAUCAACAUAUUUAGUGCGGCACUUAAAAUGUCCGUUGAAUUCCAUCGCCACGUACCUAGCUGUCACAACGUCGCUGUGCAUAUACAGCUGGCGCAGGAUCAAGGUCUUCGCGCAGGUUGCAUUUAUGCAUUGUUUAACCUUAUACCUAUUGAGAGCCAGCUCCUGUUGCACAGUACUCAUUGCAAAUUUGUAAUAUCCCACGACAACCAAGUCCACGCCUUCCUGUUGCCCACAGAUAUACUCGUAAAGAAAAAGUUUCGCAUGGUGGUGGCUUUAAAAAAGGUGAAAAACGAACAUCUGCCUUAUUUUAAAAUACAGCUGGUGGGUUUAAUUAAUGAUCCUACAAAAAUGUGUGCUAUACUAGUACCAUUAUCAAUAGAAAAAAGUGAAAAUACUUAUUGUGCUCUAUUAAGUGAAAGUUCAACGGCUGGAAACUUUUCUCAAGAUAAUCAAAUGCAGCUAUAUAAAGAACUAUGUGGUCCAUUAGUAACACAGGCUAUUAGGAAAGUGGAUCAUUUCACAAUUUCACGAAUAGCGUCUUUAUUUUACGCUUCUAGUUACGUUAACGAGAACACUCUAGAAUUGUCCUUUUUAGACGAAAAGCUACAUUACAAUGCAACGAAAAAUAUUGUCAAAGGUACAUUGGAAAGUAAUGAUGCUUCAGCGAUCUACUAUUUCAAGAAACAUAUUAUUUCGAGCACGGAAGUACUGGAUAUAGGAGAUUCACAAAAUUGUAAUGAUAUUACUUUUGGUAUCAUAAUGAAAUUUCAGACUGAAUCUGAGCUGUUGUACGGCUUAAAGAGCAACGAUGUUUUGGACUGCGUUACGAAAAUUGCAAUAAGUCCCAAAUACUCUGCUAUAAGGAAUACUAUUUUUUAAGAAAAUAAAAACUAAAUAAAUUAAACAAAAGUAAAACGUAAUUAAAUAAAUUUGGAUUCCUUAUCUUCGUAAGCAGCGUAAGUUUGUUACACGAACAUGGCGUGCCCCAUCUUACGCCCACAUACCGCCCAAAACUGUUGCUCCCACAGUUUUCAUUAAAGAAUAAAGUGUUAAGUGAAAUCCAUUUCACAAUACA